AAUUGUGCGAGGAAACCAAUUAUUAUAAACUGCUCUACAUAGCGUUUUAUAAUCACUGCAACAAUUAGUGAUUCUGUUAUUAUUUUAUACCAGUUAUUCAAACCACUUAUUUGAAAUGGGCAGCUUCCGAACCCGUUUGAUUGUAACAAUUUUUAUUGUUAUCGUUUUGUGGCAGUCAUCUAAACACUGGACACCCGUUUUCUUAACAACCAACGAUCAUGCUGCCCAGUUUUCUGCAGAAAAGCCACAGUCGGUCGAAGACCUAGUCGACGGUCCAGUCAUUGUCAAAGCUAGUAAGCCAGAUGUUCAGAAAGUACUGGUGUCUGUGUACUAUGAAGCUCUAUGCCCUGAUUCUCGGAGUUUUGUUAUCAAGCAGCUAGUACCGACAUUUCAAAGGAUCAGCGACAAUCUACACAUGGAGCUUAUACCAUAUGGAAAGGCCAGGACUACUGAAACACCUACCGGGUAUGAAUUUGAAUGCCAACAUGGGCCAACCGAGUGCGAAGCGAAUAUAAUACAUGCCUGUGUUAUUGAUUUAGUCAUUGAUCCGUCGAUACAAUUAGAUUACAUCACAUGUAUGAUACAAGAUAACAUGCUCCCAGAGCACGUUAUGGAGCGUUGUGCUGCAAAAGUGAACCUCGAUGUUUCACCCAUAGAGAAGUGUUAUAAGGGAACAAAGGGAAAGGAAUUAUUGGCAAAGUUUGGAGAGAUGACUGAUGACUUGAGUCCCAAAAUCACUUUCAUACCAACUAUCACACUCGAUAAGGACUCUGGAAACCAACCAGCAAUAUUGAAAAACCUACUCAGGCAAGUGUGUCUUAGACUGAAUAGUCCACCCCCCGGUUGCACAUAGAAUUACUUUAUUCCGAUAGAGGCUGCAGCCGCGACAACAUAAUACUUUUCAAAAGGAUCGUUCCUACAUAUCACUACUUCCACCAAUGAAAACUGUGCUUCGAGUGUUGCUGUCACAAAGUGAGAGAGACAUAUGAGAUACAUUAUUUUAUAAAAGAAAAAUAACUGCGAUAAACGAACAAAUAAACUUGUUAUAUUACA